AUCAUUAUAUUUUUGUUUAUUUUUUUCUCCAAAUGUCCUUCACCCAACUCCCCCACUCUCUCUCUACAUAUAUAAAUAUAUAUAUAUAUAUUUACUGCCAAAAGAUCUAACUGAUGAAUAGAUGAAAGGAGAAGAGAGAGUAAAGAAAAGUUGUAAAAAAUGGGCCUUAAAGUCGGAUAAAUGAAUGCAGAGUGUCUCAGUCGAGGGCCGUUGCAGAAAUUCUCGUUUCCCCCCCUCGCCUGUCCUUCGCUCUCAACAACUACGGAUAUUCAAAACAAUUCUAAUUGCAAAACUAUUAUCAAUAAAAAAAAAUAACUAAACAUAAUAAAUAAUAAACACAUAUAUACAAACUAUCGCAAGUGGCGCAGCCAGCUAUUUCUGUGAACGUAAAUUCUCAUAUCGUCGUUUAAUCGCCUUCCUGCCCUAUGCACUAUAUCAACAACAACAAAAAUUACAACAACAACAACAAGAAAAAGUCAACCCAAAAGCAAUCAUUAAAAAGCAAAUAACAAGUAAAAGUUGUAAUUGGAACAAAUGUUGUACAUACCUACGAUUAUAAUUGUAAAUAAAUUUGUACAAAAAUAAUUGCGAAUACCCGGAUCACCAUAAGUAAUAAUACAUAUAAAAAAAAAUUCAAUUAAACAUUAUAUUAAAUAUAAUGAGAUGAUAAUUAGGCUUUUUUCCAAAAAACACAAACUCUUCGUCCGAUUUAUUCGUUCAUAUAAAAAAUGAUUAUGUAAUAAUAAUUCCAAAUUACUUUCAAAUCACGGGUUCCCAAAAAUAUCGAAAAUAGUCGUACUCAUCGACUAUCGACUAUCGACUAUCGCAUGAACGGUAAUCGCAAUCGGAACCAUUAAUCGGCCAAAAAAAAAGAUAAAUAAAAAAUCAAUUUGACGCAAAUCGUUUUUGGCCAGCAAAAUUUAGCUAGAAGACAAAAUAUACAAGAAGAGGAAUUUUUUGCAUACAACAAAAUUUAACAACAAAAGAAACCAAAUAUAAAUUUAGAGCAAAUAAAUAAAAGAAAACAACAACAACAAGAGAAUACCAAGCAAACGCAGAGACCCAACAAUAAUUAGCAUUAAAAAUUGGUUAACAAAACGCAACACCCCAAAAAUAAGAAAGCUUGGAAGAAAAAGGAUAAGUUGUACGCCCAUUGUGAUUAUUAAUUUUAGACAUUAGGCCAAGAAACCAAACCGCAAAGAAUAUCGUUGCUUGGCCAAAAAGGAAACACUGAAUACAGCCAAAAAUCGACCAAGAGCUAAGGAUAUCGCAAAACCAAAAGCAACAUUAGCCGCCCAUAAAAAAAAGGAUUAUUAGAAAGAUUAUUAGCCGCAAAACUCUUAGUUCAAUUCCAUCCAAAAGAAAGUAAGAAGAAAAACCAAAUGUGAAGCGGUGCUAAAAAAGGGAAGAGUUAAGGAAACCAUUGAUGCGGCUAAAAAAGAUCAGAAACAACGACAGCUCAGAUCUGUAAAAAACCCAUCCUAUAACCUAAACUAAACAGAUAACUCUAGGUUUCUCCUUCUACGCGUCGCGAGUGCGCUUAACCGUUUCCGUUUCCGGUCUCGCUUCCGUUUCCGCUACCGCAACCGCUUCCGCUUCGGUUUCGAGUUCAAAUUCAACGUCACACUUUUAAUUCAAACAACCGCCAAGAUGACAAUGUGGCAGAGUGGCGGCAUGGGAGGCCAUGGCUCCCAGAACAAUCCAUGGAUGAAGCUGAUGGGGAUCGUACACAAGGAGCGACGCCACACGGACAAUGUUCAGAGUCAGUCCGGUUCCAAUGAGCGCAACCUCAACCAGUCUUUGCCCAAAUUGAGCAGUCAAGACGAAGAAGGGGCUGGUCAUGGCUUUGGUGGCGGACCGCAACACUUUGAACCCAUUCCUCACGAUCAUGAUUUCUGCGAAAGAGUCGUUAUAAAUGUAAGCGGACUAAGGUUUGAGACCCAACUACGUACGCUAAAUCAAUUCCCGGACACGCUGCUUGGGGAUCCAGCUCGGAGAUUACGGUACUUUGACCCGCUUAGAAAUGAAUAUUUUUUUGACCGUAGUCGACCGAGCUUCGAUGCGAUUUUAUACUAUUAUCAGAGUGGUGGCCGACUACGGAGACCGGUCAAUGUCCCUUUAGACGUAUUUAGUGAAGAAAUAAAAUUUUAUGAAUUAGGUGAUCAAGCAAUUAAUAAAUUCAGAGAGGAUGAAGGCUUUAUUAAAGAGGAAGAAAGACCAUUACCGGAUAAUGAGAAGCAAAGAAAAGUCUGGCUGCUCUUCGAGUAUCCAGAGAGUUCGCAAGCCGCCAGAGUUGUAGCCAUAAUUAGUGUAUUUGUUAUAUUGCUAUCAAUUGUUAUAUUUUGUCUAGAAACAUUACCCGAAUUUAAGCAUUACAAGGUGUUCAAUACAACAACAAAUGGCACAAAAAUCGAGGAAGACGAGGUGCCUGACAUCACAGAUCCUUUCUUCCUUAUAGAAACGUUAUGUAUUAUUUGGUUUACAUUUGAACUAACUGUCAGGUUCCUCGCAUGUCCGAACAAAUUAAAUUUCUGCAGGGAUGUCAUGAAUGUUAUCGACAUAAUCGCCAUCAUUCCGUACUUUAUAACACUAGCGACUGUCGUUGCCGAAGAGGAGGAUACGUUAAAUCUUCCAAAAGCGCCAGUCAGUCCACAGGACAAGUCAUCGAAUCAGGCUAUGUCCUUGGCAAUAUUACGAGUGAUACGAUUAGUUCGAGUAUUUCGAAUAUUUAAGUUAUCUAGGCAUUCGAAGGGUUUACAAAUAUUAGGACGAACUCUGAAAGCCUCAAUGCGGGAAUUAGGUUUACUUAUAUUUUUCUUAUUUAUAGGCGUCGUACUCUUCUCAUCGGCGGUUUAUUUUGCGGAAGCUGGAAGCGAAAAUUCCUUCUUCAAGUCCAUACCCGAUGCAUUUUGGUGGGCGGUCGUUACCAUGACCACCGUUGGAUAUGGUGACAUGACACCCGUCGGCGUUUGGGGCAAAAUUGUGGGAUCACUGUGUGCCAUUGCUGGUGUGCUGACCAUCGCACUCCCGGUGCCGGUCAUCGUCAGCAAUUUCAACUACUUCUAUCACCGCGAAACGGAUCAGGAGGAGAUGCAGAGCCAGAACUUUAAUCACGUUACUAGUUGUCCAUAUUUGCCAGGUACAUUAGGUCAACACAUGAAGAAAUCUUCGUUAUCCGAGUCAUCAUCGGAUAUGAUGGAUUUGGAUGAUGGUGUUGAGUCCACGCCGGGAUUGACAGAAACGCAUCCUGGACGCAGUACGGUGGCUCCAUUUUUGGGAGCACAACAGCAGCAGCAACAGCAGCAGCAGCAGACGCAGCAGCAGCAACAGCAGCCUGCAACAUCGAUGUCGAUGUCGCUGGAUAAGCAGCUGCAGCAUCCACUGCAGCAGCUGACGCAGGCGCAACUGUACCAGCAGCAGCAGCAGCAGCAGAAUGGCUUCAAGCAGCAGCAGCAGCAACAGCUGCAACAGCAGCAACAACAGUCCAACACAACAACAAUAAGCGCAAGCGCGAGCGCGAGUGCAACGGCGGCAACGGGCAGCGGCAGUGGCACCAGCGGCCUCACCAUGAGGCACAAUAAUGCCCUGGCCGUUAGUAUCGAGACCGACGUUUGACUACUGGUGCAAAAGACGUUACGUGGUAUAAAUUUGGCCUUGACAGGAGUUACGUUGGAUGCCAGAAACGACUACAAAAGCUGUUUAUAUUUAAUUUUAGUAGAACAAAUAACAAACAAAUU